ACCGACGCGAUUCAGCGUGGUUGUCAACUAGAUAUGCCACACUCCAAAGCGUACUGGACAAAUGACAUCGACGAGAAUCCAGCUCGUAUUGUGGAUAUCUUCAAUACAAUGUUUGACACUACGGACUCGGAGAGUUGGUUGGAAAGUCCGUUUGGCUCUGAGAACGUUACCAGCUUAAUCCUUGCUGUACGCAACACCAUGGUGCAAGGACAUCCCUCUGUUCGGUGGGGGCGGCUGAUAGAAGCAGGUAUGACGGACGCCAUGUGUCGAUGUGUGGUCAAAGCCUAUAGUGGCUCGUGGCCAUGGCACAUGGUUUACGACGAAGAUAAACCCUCGGAUUUUGCACUAUUUUUGGAGCUGUUAGCGCUAGUAGUUGUCCACAUCAAGCAGUUUCCUUCUCCAACCAAGGAUCUAUGUCUUCAUUCUCUAGAGCGAAACUGGAAUGAAUUAGUUCUUCGGCUUGAGAAUGACCCUUGCAACAUGAUGAAACCAGUCGAAAUGUAUGCAGGAGAGCGUGCCAGCUUCUCGGACGUACUCAUAAAUAUUCUUGUGAUACAUCCGGACUUCGCACGAACCGUGGAUGCGCCUAACGAUCUCACCAUCUCUUUUCUGAUGCGUUGUCUCAUGCAUUCCGUGGCAUACCUAGAUUUCAACAAAUGUGUCUUGGCAUUAACAGCCCUCAUCGACCCAGUACCCCCGACACUCAGGCUCAUGUUUGCCUAUCGCCUGGAGCACCCACGACCCCCAGAUAUCAUUGCUCGCAUGCAACGCGGAAUCCCUGGCCGAUCGUUCGCCUCCUUCUUCACGCACUACUUCAGUAAAAUCUGCGGCAACAACAUCAACUACUGCACUGAACUGCUGUGCGCACUCAUCGAACACGCUUCGUGGGUCUCUCCAUCCGACAGAGACUUCCUCCAUGAUCUGGCCAAUCAUACCAUCGCUUUUGAACUACUAUUUAAGAUAUUGAGGACCUCUGGAGAUGACUUGAAGGAAUGCGGGGACACGCCGGAUCGUGCAAUAGUGCCCAUACUCAUCCUGAUGAGAAUAUGUGCAGAAAAUACCAACGAACGCGACCUUAUGCGUACUUGGUUUCGUUUGGAUGUCUUCAGUGCGCUGGAAUUGGCACUGACUCAACAUGGACGAGAUGUCACACGCGUAUACGCUUUGGUGGCCGUCGUUUUCAGUAAAAUCUUCCAAAUCGUCAAGAACACUCCAUCCCUCCUCUCCAUCACCCGCCCCCACUUUCCACGUCCACGUUUUUUGCGAACCUGUCUCGACAUGACGUUUCUUCACAAGGACUUUCUUUCGCGUGAAUUGCAUGGACAUGACCCUACAUAUUACAAACCGCUAUAUUGGAUGUGGAUCCUCGUCUAUCAUCUCGAACAGUUAGCUUCCAUCGACCGUCAAUGCUCGAGACGGGGAUGCCGGAAUCGACGGGUUUGGAGAUGCAGAGCAUGUAAAAGCGUGGGAUAUUGUGGGGCCGAAUGCCAGUCGAA